UCCGUCAAGAGCGCUCCAGCAGAAACGGCACGGCUUGUCAAGAGCUGUGAAGAGACAACCUCACAAGGCGGUCGGGACAACACGAAGUCGUGGCUGUGUCGUUUUUUUGUUUUGUUUUCCUACUAUGGCUGACCAUCUUUUACAUUAUAAUGACUCAGCUGGGGUUGGGAACCGAUUCGCCCGCAAAGGUGCUUUGCGGCAGAAAAAUGUGCAUGAAGUGAAAAACCACAAAUUUAUUGCGAGGUUUUUCAAGCAGCCGACGUUCUGCAGCCACUGUACAGACUUCAUAUGGGGAUUUGGGAAGCAAGGAUUUCAAUGCCAAGUGUGUUGUUUUGUGGUUCACAAACGCUGCCAUGAGUUUGUCAGCUUCUCGUGUCCUGGAGCCGACAAGGGCCCUGACACAGACGACCCCAGAAGCAAGCACAAGUUCAAGAUCCACUCGUACGGCAGUCCCACCUUCUGCGACCACUGUGGCUCGCUGCUGUACGGGCUCAUCCACCAAGGGAUGAAAUGUGACACCUGCGACAUGAACGUGCACAAGCAAUGCGUGGUCAACGUGCCAAGCCUGUGUGGGACGGACCACACAGAGCGUCGGGGCCGUCUCUUCCUCAAGAUCGAGGUCAGCGGGGACAGGCUACACGUCACAGUGGGUGAAGCCAGGAACCUGAUUCCUAUGGAUCCAAAUGGUUUGUCAGACCCAUAUGUUAAACUCAAGCUAAUCCCAGACCCAAAGAAUGAGACCAAACAGAAGACCAGGACCAUCCGUUCAUCUCUCAACCCCUGCUGGAACGAGUCCUUCACCUUUAAACUGAAAGCAUCAGAUAAGGACCGCCGUCUGUCCAUCGAGGUGUGGGACUGGGACCGGACCACCAGGAACGACUUCAUGGGCUCCAUGUCGUUUGGAGUGUCCGAGCUCAUCAAAGCUCCAACGUGUGGAUGGUACAAGAUGCUGAACCAGGAGGAGGGAGAGUACUACAACGUUCCCAUCCCUGAGGUGGACGACAUCAACCUGGAGCUCCGACAGAAGUUUGAGAAAGCCAAGCUGGGCCACGGUAAGAAAGUGAUCACGCCGUCAGACCACCGGCGGUUCAGCCUGCCUUCGGGUAACAUGGACCGGGUUCGACUUAGCGACUUCAACUUCCUGGCCCUGUUGGGGAAGGGCAGCUUCGGCAAGGUGAUGUUGGCAGAGAUGAAGUCAACGGAGGAGCUGUACGCCAUCAAGAUCCUGAAGAAAGACGUGGUGAUCCAGGAUGACGAUGUUGAAUGUACAAUGGUGGAGAAGAGGGUCUUGGCCCAGAGAGACAAACCGCCCUUUCUCACGCAGCUCCACUCCUGCUUCCAGACUGUGGAUCGGCUGUACUUUGUGAUGGAGUACAUUAACGGAGGAGAUCUCAUGUAUCAUAUCCAGCGUAUGGGCAAGUUCAAGGAGCCACAGGCAGUGUUUUAUGCUGCAGAGAUUGCUGUCGGUUUGUUUUUCUUGCACCGAAAGGGAAUCAUCUACAGGGAUCUGAAGCUCGACAACGUGAUGCUGGACUCUGAGGGCCACAUCAAGAUAGCUGACUUUGGCAUGUGUAAGGAGAACAUGUAUGAAGGCAUGACCACACGUACCUUCUGCGGCACUCCGGACUACAUCGCACCAGAGAUUAUAGCAUAUCAGCCCUAUGGGAAAUCAGUCGACUGGUGGGCUUAUGGAGUUCUUCUGUAUGAGAUGCUGGCAGGACAGCCGCCAUUUGAUGGAGAAGAUGAGGACGAGCUCUUCCAGUCCAUCAUGGAGCACAAUGUGUCCUACCCAAAGUCCAUGUCAAAAGAAGCUGUGUCCAUCUGCAAGGGACUGAUGACCAAACACCCAUCAAAGCGUCUCGGCUGUGGUCCAGAGGGGGAGAGGGACAUCAGAGAGCAGGCAUUCUUCAGACGCAUCGACUGGGAACGCCUGGCCAACAGAGAGAUCCAGCCGCCAUUUAAACCCAAAGUGUGCGGCAAAGGAGCAGAAAACUUCGACAAGUUUUUCACACGCACCCAGCCCGUGCUGACCCCUCCCGACCAGCUGGUCAUCGCCAACAUCGACCAGAGUGAGUUUGCCGGCUUCUCCUACAUCAAUCCUCAGUUCAUCCAUCCAUCCCUGCACAGCGUGGUAUGAGGAGGGUGCGGAGAGUGAAAAAGCAUGGACUGUCACUGAAUACAGGACCCUUCCAAACUCCGUCGAACGUCCCGCUGUUAACAGACUCAUACCAUCCUCUGAAAUGUUCUGUCUACUAGUUAUCAAUAUCUGUGUACAGAAACAACCGUGGAGAGAGAAGCUAAGCGUUAAAAUGAUGUUACGUACAAUCUGAAGUGAGCGAAAAAGCAUACGGCACUGAUAUUUUUGCAUCAUUUCCCCAAACAUGUCAUGAUGUGUUCUUUAUUCUAAAUCUAUAUCUGUGUUUCCCCAAACCUGCAGCCUUUUUCUCGUGUAUGAAUGUGUCUCAGUAACAGUUAUUAGGUAUUAAACAUGCAAGCUCCUUCUCAACCCUCUUAUGUUCCCCAUCUCACUACGCAACGAGCUGCAAUGCACUACAAGAACGGAACCUAUUUUUCUGCUCUGUCCCGGCUUUAUCUACUUCUGAACUGCUACACGUGUAUAUUAUAUAUUUAUAUACUCAAAAAAAAGAGGUAGUAUACUGUUACAUGAGUGCCAAAGUAGAAGUGGAGGAAAACAUUUCUGUUGCAGUUCUUAAACCCUUGUAAUGUUUUCCCCAUCUGGCCCUCCCAACAGUGUCAACACAAUAAAACCCCCUACCCAGGGACCAUUUAUAUCUGUCGUUUUGUAGGACGUGGAACUGCAGUAUAUCCGACUCAACAUAGAGAAAGAGAAGCACAUUCUUCUUACAGUUAUACGCCGUCUGGGCCUUUUCAAUGCAGUGGAUGUUGCCCUUCAGUGGGUGAAUGCAGGAUAUACGGUCAGAAAACUGUGGAUCAAAGAGACGGUAUUUUAAAGUAUAGAGAUGUUAUUUCCAUAUGCACUAAACAGAUCUCUGUUGCAUGCUUAUUUUCUGACUCUGUAUGAGCAGUAGACUCUAGGAUGCAGUACACGUCUGGUA